AUACGAUAUCUAUGGUUGGGAAUGAGUAAACACGUUUAUUCAACCGUAUCAAAACAUUGAAAUUCCGUUGAAGAAAAAAUCGGCGAAACGCGUUGUUGCUCUCCACAGUUAGCCAACUGUUAUUCUCGAUUUCUGAACAUCAUAUGCAUUAUAAGCAGUCUACGUAGUCGUUGGAUAACUGUGUUUGUAAAACGUGCGGAAAGAUCUCUAGUUUCAAAUGAGUCUUCAACUCUUUCAACAAUUACAAAAUAUCCACACGGAGGAUCGCAGAAAAGAAUCUCAAAACAAAACAUGGUUCACUAUAAUUAAUAAAUGGAAAGAUGUCGAUUUGCACACUGAUCGAGUUUUUGGCAACACUCCUCAAGGUUACCAGUUUAUUAUAAAGCAAGUUACAGGAAAUUUAACGGGAGGGGUGGAAGUUUACGACACAGAAUAUGAAACACGAUUCACUUUAUUUGACUUGCUCCAUCAUAAAUUUAUUGGGAGGACAUGGAAAGGCAAGCCGGUUAAAUGCAGUGAAGGGCAAUCUUCUAAUGUUUCGUUUAAUCAGCCAGUUUAUUUUCACACAUCGUUAUUGGACAACAACAUUUUACUGGUGGUUGAAAUUGUGAAAAUUCAAACUCCGAAAAACCCGUUACCUAACGAUAAACCAGCAAAGAAAUUAUCAUGUUUAGGUUGGGGUAUUGUACGUUUAUUCAAGAGUGGACAGCAGUUAAAAGAUGUUUCAGAACUAGGAGAUCAGGCAAAAAAAUUUGAUGUUUAUCAAGGUUCCCCAAGAGCUUUGUUGUACAUGGAAGAUCCUGUUGAAAGCAAUCCACUCAUCAAGUCUGUACCUGGUUGUCAAGUUACUUUCACUUUGAGGAAACACUUUGCAUUAUCUCCUGUGAUUCAUCUGAUGCCAGAUAAUGUUUUAUUUGGUUCAGAUGAACGAGUGCCAGGAAUGCUUAACAUUGCAGUGAAGAGUGGUCCAGUUGUGGAUUAUUACCUGAAAGCGAAUUCAUUGAAGCCAUGUGUUGGAUACAUUGAUAAACUAACCAUCAAUCUGGGGAUGAGGAUUGAUAAGUUUGAGGAGGAGUUAUGUAGAAGAUGUAAUGAAGAUCGGAUGAGAAAAGAUGACAUGACUGAUGAUGGGAAGACAGUGAUCGUCAGUGAACGUCGUCUUAUGAUUGGAGCUCACAAUGGGUUUUGUUACAUUCAAAAACCUCAGUAUGUUCAUGUGGAACCUGAGGCUGUGAUUGGUGGAGCUCGUGUGGGAAGUUUCCGAGGAAAAAGGAAAGAUAAUUCAUCCGUGAGUUCCCCAUCAGGCAGUAUGAACCUUGUACUUCGUAGUCGAGUUCAACUAAACGAGAUGUUACCUGAUCCACACAUUGCUAUUGUCAUGCAGCUUGAAUAUGUGCUAGCAGUUCCUCACAGUGGAUAUGGGAACGUCACAGGUUCAAUGUCAUCAUUAAGAUCGCAACCAGUGACUGUGAUGUUACGAUGGGCGGCGUGGUGUCCAUACACCAUGCAACGUUUACCUCAAGAACCAAUCACAGUGGUUUUAAAGGGAGGAAUGUCGUCCAAUCCUGAUAAACUCUACUUUUACAAACUGAUAAAAAAUGAGGAAGGUGAAGUAAAGAAUGGAAGUGUUAAAUUCUGCUACUUGACGUCCGACGAACCACCUCAACCUUCUAUUUCAUCAAAAUCAACGACCGUUUCACCAGAGAUGAGGCCCAGCAAACAGAACCCACUUGAAAACAACUUUUCAGUUACACAGGAUAACACAUACAAUGUAGAAAUUACUCAUUUGGAAGCAGAAGAUCACGUUCAUCCUGUUCAUGCUCCUCCUAUACUUCCCAUUGCUCAAAGUGUCCCCGCUUUAUCACGAGCAUCAUACGCUCGUCUUUAUACAUCCGGGUUCCCCGACAUCAUGGAUAGGUCGAAUUCUCCAGCUCAAGUUGUGGAUGCAAGCGAUCCCAUGUUUCGUCCGGCCAUCAAUAAUGACAUCACUGAUGUGCUGCAGACAAACGAGAUCAUCAUCCAGUUCCUCGCAUUUUCGCAUCCUGUUCCCGCAUCCUCUGAAGCUCCUCCUCCUCCGAUCCACUCCAUCUUCUUCUCCUUCCAGUUUUAUCGCUUCCACCCAGUGAGCACACAGAGGAUGUCGAUCAUCAGGAAGCCAGAUAUCGAGGGGAAUCCUCAAGCUCCAUGUGUCCUCCGGAAGAUUGAGUCGGGAGAGAAGUUAGAUGAAGGACGACCUGGUCUUGAAAUUAAAUAUUAUGUGGAUCCCGUUCACAUGAAACCUGGGGAUAAUGCAACCUUUCUUAAAUAUCUUUCCACACAUAAUCUACAUGUUGAUGUGUGGGACGGAGACUCACUGAUGUUGCUUGGAUCGCUCUCGGUUCCUCUCAAGCAUCUAAUGAGAGGAGGCAAACCUGCUGUGUGUGUAAACCAUGAGUUGGAUAUUGUGCAUUCGGAACAUUCAGAUGUUGCUCCAACUUUCACUGGAGAUUUAAAUUCAUCGGGAAGCGUUCGUCCACUUGGGUUGGUGAAGACACACAGAGGAAAACUACAUUUGAGACUUGGAAACGUUGGAUUUCCUUCUGAGAGCAAAUCCUCGGUGUCGAGUGUUGUGAAGAAGAACCACUUGGUGGUAGCAGACUUAAGUGGAUGUGGAUUCCAAGGAGGAAGUCUUGCUUCUGCUCUUCAACAAUCGAACAUAAAUAGAAAAUAUGUGAACCGCUGUAAAGUGAAGAAACUCGCAGAAUCUAAUCAAGAAUUAUCGGAGUUGUUGCUCAUGAAUGUAAAGAAGGAUGAUGCUUUAGGGAAAGAGAAUACAUCGGAUGUGGAGCAAGAUGCGGAUCGGAAACGGAAGAUUGCUCGAAUGAUCGCUGUGAGGAACAUGGAGCAACCUCGGGAGGAAGGAUCCAUUAUCAACAAACCAUCCAUCGGACAAAGAGCAUUGCAAAACAACCAGGAGAGAUCAUUAAAACAGCGUGACCUGCACACGGUCGCUACUUAUCGAUAUCGACUAAAGUCCGAACACAUCAUGGAAAUGCUGCUGCUCUCUAUCACCACCAAGCACACAAUACGUCCAACACUAGGUAGCGCUGAGUUCGUUGAGCUUCAACUUAAGAAUCCCUUCAGUGUGCAACAGACCGUGACCAUCGAGUGCGACAACCCAGAGCUGAGAGUAAUAACUGAUACAAGGGAGUGGAGAUAUUUCAAAUCAUUAGCUGGUCUACAUACACCUGUGGAAGAAAAUAUGUUCAACUUUGACCCAAAUACAUCUUUACCUCAAGUAUUCCUCCGUCCAAAAGAAAAGGUUUACAUUCCAUUCCGUUACCAAGGAUAUGAAGCUGACCACACGGUGUCCCCGCAGGGAGCAGGACAUCAUUUCAAAGCAACCAAAACCUCACUUCAACCAUCCAAACAACAAAACAACCAUGGCACUAUUAAAGCUAAAAUUAUUAAGGCAGUUUUGCGUACAAUGGACGGUAGACCUCUCUCCGUGCUUCAGUUAAGCAUCGACCCCCAGCCCCAUGUAGUCGACCAAACCUUCAGAUUCUACAAUCCUGAACAAACUUUCAUGAAGAAAAGGUUCCGACUUCCACCAUUCAAUGUUAACACAGACGAGCAGUUUCACGUCGUGUGUAGUGACCAGGAGAUCGUGUGCCAAGCGAGGUCACUCAAUCGUGACGAACCACGUGAGAUUUUCAUCAAAGCACCUUCAGGAUCGUCACCGACUGUCCGUAGAUUCUACCUCGCUAUAUACAACGACCCUUUCCUUGCGAUUCCUGCUCAAAUCUGGUCGUUCUACGUUCAUGCUUUGCAACGUGUGGAUGUUAACUGUGUGUUGGGACAAACAAGUCGUUUCUCCCUGGUUCUUCGUGGCACACAGACAGCGCGCAUGGUGCAAUGCUUUGCUUCUCAUAAACAAGAGAUGCAGCUCGCCCCAGAUGAAGCUUUCCUUCUCCCAGCGAAUGGUGUGCAUGAGAUAAACGUAGGUGUUCGAACCACAAGCACGACUAGAAGUAGCAAACAUAUGUACGUGAACGUGGUUGACACAGAAUAUCACCAACUCAUAAGAACGUGGUUGGUUGCUGUGAAAACUAGAGAACCGAUGAUCACCAAGGAGUUUGACAUCGAGUUACCAAGGUCUGGUGGAAAGGCUUGCAAUAAAGUGAUCUCUUACACAAACCCUUACCCCAACAUUAAGAAGUUUCAUCUGAUGACGAGUCGGUCAGAUCUUCUGCACUUUAGGGAUGUGGAGAUGGAGCUUGGACCUGGGGAAACCACUUCUAUUGGUCUCCGAUUUGCAUCCGGUGUAAAGCAAUCUGGAAAAUUUCCCGUCCAUAUUUUCAUCAACGAUGUCGACGACAAGAAUGAGGAAACAUUCCUUGUUAACGUUACUUAUGUUUGAUAUGAUUCUAUUUUGACGUCACAUAGGUGCUCAUAAGAGCGUAGAUACCACUGUAUUUAGUUUGUCUUGAAAUUCAUAUAUUUUUAUACCUUAUAACACAAUGUAUUUCAUAUACAGUAUAUAUUUAUACAUGUAGUCUUCUGCGUAAAUCGAUAGUGCUUCUAUAAAUUGCUGCAAUUAAAAUCAAGAAAAACAGUU